AUGGAGCAGCUCAAGGCCAUCUUCGUCAGGUCUCCCACCGCCGGCAGCGGCGCCGGGGCCGCGGGGGAAGACGAGGAGGAGGAGAGGGGCCGAGGCCGGGCCGGGGCCGGCGGGGCCGGGCACGCGGACCGGGAGGCCCCCAGAGCCGUUGCCCGGCAACUGCCGCUCCUGGAGGAGGGAGAGGAGGAGGAGGAGGAGGACCGGGGCAGCCGCGGCCCCGCCAGCCUGUACUGCACCGUCGUCUUCGACUACGAGGCGAGCGCCGAGGACGAGCUGAACCUCCGCCAGGGGGACUUGGUGGAGGUGCUGUCCAAGGAUUUCAAGGUCUCUGGAGAUGAAGGCUGGUGGACAGGCAAAAUCAACAACCAGCUCGGCAUCUUUCCCAGCAAUUACGUCACCAGUGCCCCGAGUUACAGCAAACUGCAAGUUAGGAACACCGAGGACUACCCACCUCCUCUGGAGACUGACUUCAGUGAACUGCAACUUGAGGAGAUCAUUGGCAUUGGGGGCUUUGGCAAGGUUUACAGGGGCUUCUGGAGGACUGAGGAGGUGGCGGUUAAAGCCGCCCGGCAGGACCCGGACGAGGACAUCAGCCAGACCAUUGAGAACGUUAGGCAGGAGGCCAAGCUGUUUGCUAUGCUGCGGCACCCCAACAUCAUCGCCUUGCGAGGCGUGUGCCUGCAUGAACCCAAUCUCUGCUUGAUCAUGGAGUUUGCACGCGGUGGCUCUUUAAAUCGAGUGCUCUCGGGCAAGAAGAUUCCUCCUCAUAUACUUGUCAACUGGGCGGUGCAGAUCGCACGGGGCAUGAAUUACUUACACGAAGAAGCAAUCGUUGCCAUUAUCCACCGGGACCUCAAAUCCAGUAACAUUCUGAUCCAUGAGACGGUGGGGAAUGACGACCUCAGUCACAAAACCUUGAAGAUCACAGACUUUGGGCUGGCUCGCGAGUGGCACAGAACGACCAAAAUGAGCGCAGCCGGAACCUACGCCUGGAUGGCUCCAGAGGUCAUCCGAUCCUCCAUGUUCUCCAAAGGCAGUGACAUCUGGAGCUAUGGCGUGUUAUUGUGGGAGCUACUGACCGGGGAGGUGCCAUUCAGGGGAAUCGAUGGCCUCGCCGUGGCUUAUGGCGUGGCCAUGAACAAGCUGGCGCUGCCUAUUCCAUCCACCUGCCCCGAGUCCUUCACCAAACUGAUGGAAGACUGCUGGAACCCCAACCCCCACUACCGGCCACCCUUCCCCUGUGUCCUGGACCAGCUCACGGACAUUCAGGAGUCUGGCUUCUUUGAGAUGCCGCAGGAUUCCUUCCACUCGCUGCAGGAGGACUGGAAACAGGAGAUCGAGGAAAUGUUUGAUGAACUCCGGGCAAAGGAAAAGGAAUUGCAGACCUGGGAGGAGGAGCUGAGCCGCGCAGCUUUGCAGCAGAAAAACCAGGAGGAGCUGCUGCGGCGGCGGGAGCAGGAGCUGGCUGAGAGGGAGAUCGACAUCCUGGAGCGAGAGCUCAACAUCAUCUUCCACCAGCUGUACCACGAGAAGCCCAGUGUGAGGAAACGCAAAGGCAACUUCAAGAAGAGCCGCCUCAAGCUCAGAGACGGCAACCGAAUCAGUCUUCCCUCCGAUUUUCAGCAUAAGAUCACUGUGCAGGCCUCGCCGACUCUGGACAAGAGGAAGAGCCUGAUCAGCAGCAGCUCCAGCCCCCCAGUGAGCCCCACCAUCAUCCCCCGACUCAGGGCAAUCCAGCUAACGGCGGGUGAAAGCAAUAAAAACUGGGGCCGCAAUGCAGCGUUCCAGUGGGACGAAUGCGACGAGGAAGAGAGAAAGGGCCCCAGAAAGAAAGGGAGGACUUGGGGCGCCAACUCAUCGCACCCAAAGGAUGUGGAAGAGAGUCUUAAACAGCUGGUAGAUGGAACCAAGCAGUGGUCGUCCAGUGCUCCCAACCUGGGGAAGACCCAUCGGAUAGUGGCUCCGAUGCCAGGGUUCAACAGCCUCACUGAAAUGGAGCACGAAGACAGUGAGGCUCUUAAGGACUUUACUCGACUGCAACAAUUUGCUUUACCCAACCACUCCUACCUCACGUUACCAUACUCCAGAAACGAGGAGCAGGAGGGAGCCGUCAGCGAUGUCAAUGAGGAGGCCACUCCGGUUAACUCGGCCACCAGCACCCCCCAAGCGACGCCCACCAACAGCCUCAAGCGCAGCCAGCAGAGGAAGAAGAGCGACGUAGUGCUGGUGGGGUGUGGGGCAGUCCUGGCCGCGGUGGCUCUGGGCUGUGACCUGCUGGAGCUGGGCAAGUGCUGCAUCUCGCAAGAGGACCUGGAGCCAAAGGAAGAGAAGCGGAGGAAGGAGGGGAUCUUCCACCGCACUGGCCGGCUCCAGAGGAGCAUCAGCCCCCCUUCCCGGAAACUCUUCAAGAGGGAGGAGCCACCCUUGGCCUCCUCCGAGCCCUCCACCUCCCUGACCCUGAUCUCGCUGUCUUCCAUCUCGGAGUGUAACUCCACCAGGUCGCUGCUGCGAUCGGACAGUGAGGAGAUGGUGGUGUACGAGAUUGCAGCCACGCCUAACUCGGUAGAGGAGCAGGAGCAGGUGGAGGAGAAGCGGGUGGAGGAGAAGCCCAGGUUCAUGACCAAUCCCCUGGUGGACAUCACCAUCGAGAGCUUCAAACGAGACCCGAAGCAGUCGCUGACCCCGACCCACGUCACCGCGGCCACCGUCGUGCACAGGGGUCACCGGCGGACCCCCUCCGACGGUGCCAUCAAACUGGUGCCCAACCUCUCACCCUCCAAUGGCUUCAGUGCUGCUGUUGUAACAGGUAUAAAUAAAACUCCGAGCCCCAACAAAGACCCCACGGAGGUUCCCCGCUUGCCAGAUCCCAACUGGGUCUUCCCUCCCACACCCAGAAGACGAACCCCCAAACUGGACCUGACGCUGGAGCGACCUAAGACGCUGGAGUUCAUCCCUCGUCCCCGGCCCACUCCUAACCGCCAGCGCCUAGACCCUUGGUGGUUCGUGUCCCCCAGCAGGACACGGAGCGGCUCUCCUGCCAACAGCUCCAGCACCGAGACCCCGACCAACCCAGACUCCUGCCUUACCAGCAGCGGCGGCACUAUGGAGGAGAGGCCAGGCUGCUCCCCCUUCCUGUCCUUCAACCUAGGAACUGGCAGCUGUGAGCGGACCCUGCUGGACACGGACGUGGAGGGUCAGAGCCGGGACGGGACGCUGCCUUUGUGCGGAGCCAGAAUCAAACCCCACAAAACUGCAGCCUUCGAGCUGGAGCACGAGUUCUGGUCCUAGCGGUACAGCAGGAACCAACACAUGAAUCUGCACUGGGAAUGCACUUUGACAAAGGAACUGGCUCGAGCCGAAUGAUGCUGUUAAACACCCUUAGGAACUUGCCUCAAUUCCAAAUCAAUGUCGAGAUUCAUCGAGUUAUUCUCUCCAAGGUUUGUGCCGUCCGUCAUCGUAUAAUCCCAGGUCUGUACUCCACCCUGUCUGCCCCAUGCUCGGUUUCUACGCAUAGGCAUCUCUGUUGACUCCUGGGACCAGCUUACAAUGAGGUCAUUUUGCAAAGAGCCGUGUGUGUGAAUCCUGGAGGAGCCAGUUAUCCGAACUGUGUCCGAGUAUAUGAAAAAGCAUAGUAAUC